AUGCGGCGGCGCGUGCAUCAGGUCAACGGCCACAAGUUCAUGGCCACCUUCCUGCGCCAGCCCACCUUCUGCAGCCACUGCCGCGAGUUCAUCUGGGGCCUCGGCAAACAAGGCUACCAAUGCCAAGUGUGCACGUGCGUCGUUCACAAGCGAUGCCACUCGUCCGUGGUCACAAAGUGCCCCGGGAUGAAAGAGGAGCAGCAGGGCGCGGGGGGCGCGGCGGGUGCGGCGGGGGGGCAGCGGUUCAACGUGAACGUGCCGCACCGGUUCGUGGUGCACUCCUACAAGCGGUUCACCUUCUGCGACCACUGCGGCUCGCUGCUCUACGGCCUCAUCAAGCAGGGCCUGCAGUGCGAAGUGUGCUCUAUGAACGUGCACAAACGGUGCCAGAAGAACGUGGCCAACAACUGCGGCAUCAACACCAAACAGAUGGCGGAGAUCCUCAACGAGAUGGGCAUCUCGCCGGACAAGAACCCGAGGCCGCAGCGCUCUAAGUACCAGAACACUCCGCUGCUGGAGGGCGUGCAGGAGCUCGCGCCCGCCGACCCCGACAACAAGGACCCCGACAAGCAGGACGAGAAAGGCGGGGACGGGCGCGGGCGCGGGCAAGGUGGCGCUGGAGGACUUCCACUUCAUCAAGGUGCUGGGCAAGGGCUCCUUCGGGAAGGUCAUGCUGGCCGAGAAGAAGGGCACCGACGAGGUGUACGCGGUGAAGGUGCUGAAGAAGGACGCCAUCAUCCAGGACGACGACGUGGAGUGCACGCUCACGGAGCGCCGCGUGCUGGCGCUGGCGGCGCGCCACCCCUUCCUCACGGCGCUGCACUCGGCCUUCCAGACGCGCGACCGGCUCUUCUUCGUCAUGGAGUACGUGGACGGGGGCGACCUCAUGUUCCAGAUCCAGCGCGCGCGCAAGUUCGACGAGCCGCGCGCCAGGUUCUACGCGGCCGAGGUGACGCUGGCGCUGCAGUUCCUGCACGAGCACGGCGUCAUCUACCGCGACCUCAAGCUGGACAACAUCCUGCUGGACAGCGACGGCCACUGCAAGCUGGCCGACUUCGGCAUGUGCAAGGAGGGCAUCCUGGAUGGCGCCACCACCACCACGUUCUGCGGCACGCCCGACUACAUCGCCCCCGAGAUCCUGCAGGAGCUGGAGUACGGGCCGUCGGUGGACUGGUGGGCGCUGGGCGUGCUCGUGUACGAGAUGCUGGCGGGGCAGCCGCCCUUCGAGGCGGACAACGAGGACGACCUGUUCGAGUCCAUCCUGCACGACGACGUGCUGUACCCCGUGUGGCUGUCCAAGGAGGCCGUGUCCAUCCUCAAGGGGUUCAUGACCAAGAGCCCGGCGCGGCGCCUGGGCGUGGCCGGCGGCGCGGCCGGCAUCCGCGCGCACGCCUUCUUCCGCGACGUGGACUGGCCCGCGCUGCAGGCCCGGCGGCUGCGGCCGCCCUUCCGCCCCAAGGUGAAGAGCAAGCGCGAGGCGGCCAACUUCGACGCCGAGUUCACGAAGGAGGAGCCCGUGCUCACGCCCGUGCCCGCCGACGUGCUGCGCACCAUCAACCAGGAGGAGUUCCGCGGCUUCUCUUUCGUGAACCCGGACUUCAACCCCCCCGCCCCGCCGCUGUGA